AUGGUUAGCUUCAAAUCCACCCUCGUCUUGGGCCUUUGCGCCGUCCUCACAGCCGCGAAUCCCAUCGCCCUCGAUAAGCGUCAGGGAACCAACAGCAUCGAAUCUGUCACCUGCGGUACCACCAAGUAUUCGCGCAAGCAGCUUAACGAGGCCACCGCUGAGGGCUGCCGUCUUUACGCUGCAAACCAGCAGCUCGGAACCAGCCAGUACCCCCACCGCUUCAACAACCGUGAGGGUCUCGUCUUUGCCACUUCUGGUCCUUACCAAGAGUUCCCCAUCCUCUCAUCUGGCAACUACACUGGCAGAGCUCCCGGCGCCGACCGCGUCGUCUUCAACCCCUCUUACCAGGGCAGCUGUGUCUAUGUCGGUGCCAUGACCCACACCGGCGCUGCCGAGCGCAACGGCUUCCUCGCUUGCAACGCGACAAACUCCAAGAGCAGCGGCAGCGACGGCAAGUCUGCUGCCUCAGGCCUUACUGUCUCAGGCCCAGUUAGCUACAUUCUGCCCGUGCUGUCCCUGCUCGCUAUUGCCGCUUAA